AUGCCGGUCAAAAGGCGCUAUACCGGUCAAGGUAGAUCACAAACUAAGAGAGGAAAAAAUGGUAAGAUAAAAGAUACGAUAAAACCAAAAGUUGAACAGGAAGAAACACCCGAAAUUGAAGAAUCACCAUCAGUUUUAGAUCCUGCUGAUGAUACUUCCAAGGCAGCGGAUGCAAACGAUGAAGAGCAAGAGGCAAAAGAACCUCCAGAAAAUAAUGAAGACGUUGAAUCAGUAAAGGAGGGAUCAGAUUCAGUCAAUGAAAACGAUUCAGAAAAGGCAGACGUCAAAGAAGAGGAAAAUACCGGAUCAUCGGUCACAAAUGACAACAAAGAGAAAGAAGAAUCCAAAUUAGAGGAAAAGCAGUUGGAAAAGGAGGCAGAUGAAAAAGCGGAUGCGCAACCAAUUGCUGAGAAUGAGGUUGUUGAUGAGGAGGCAGGAAUAACAAAGUUUGAUUUCGAUGGGCAGGAAUACAGCUAUAAAGACAGACCAAGUGUCAUGGAGGAAAAGGAAGGUAAAAUUGAAUUUAGGGUGGUCAAUAAUGAUAACAGUAAGGAAAAUAUGAUGGUUUUAACUGGUUUGAAAAACAUCUUCCAAAAACAACUACCUAAAAUGCCCAAAGAAUAUAUUGCAAGACUAGUGUACGAUCGAUCACAUCUCUCUAUGGCAGUUGUUAGGAAACCACUAACAGUGGUGGGUGGUAUAACAUAUCGUCCAUUUGAUAAACGUGAGUUUGCAGAGAUUGUGUUCUGUGCGAUCAGUUCUACCGAGCAAGUGAGAGGGUAUGGUGCUCAUUUGAUGAAUCACUUGAAAGACUAUGUUAGGGCAACAUCUCCAAUAAAAUAUUUCUUGACAUAUGCAGACAAUUACGCAAUUGGUUAUUUCAAAAAACAAGGCUUUACUAAAGAAAUCACCCUAGAUAAAAAUAUAUGGAUGGGGUACAUCAAGGAUUACGAAGGGGGUACUCUAAUGCAAUGUUCUAUGUUACCAAGAAUUCGCUAUCUCGAUGCAGCUAAAAUUCUCUUACUACAAGAGGCGGCAAUCCAGAGAAAAAUUCGAAGCAUAUCAAAAUCCCAUAUAGUUCGUCCCGGAUUGAAGCAGUUUGAGGAUUUAACAAACAUAAAGCCAAUAGACCCAAUGACGAUACCUGGAUUAAAGGAAGCAGGUUGGACUCCUGAAAUGGAUGAGCUUGCUCAAAGGCCUAAACGUGGACCCCACUAUGCUGCUAUGCAAAAUCUGUUAACAGAGCUCCAAAAUCAUGCUGCUGCUUGGCCGUUCUUACAACCAGUUAAUAAGGAACAGGUUCCUGACUAUUAUGAAUUUAUAAAAGAACCUAUGGACUUAAGUUCUAUGGAAAUGAAGUUGAAUGGAAACAGAUAUGAGAAGAUGGAAAAUUUCAUAUACGAUGCCAGACUAAUAUUUAAAAACUGCAGAGCGUAUAAUGGCGAAAAUACAUCAUACUACAAAUAUGCUAACCGUUUAGAGAAGUUCUUCAACUCUAAAGUUAAGGAGAUUCCGGAGUAUGCGCAUCUUGUGGAUUAA